CAGACAAAGCAGCCCCAGGGAUAGGGGAGCUUCCAGAGAGGCCCGUGACUAGGCCACGGGGACGCUGGGGCUGUAAACCAAAAGCCACAGGAAUCUGUAAGCCCACUGGGCACCACAGAGGCAGAGGGGUGAUGAGCGAGAGGCGAGUGGCCGUGGACUUGCCCAUCGGCACCAGCUCCAGCAUGCCCCUCCAGAGGCGCAGGCCGUCCCUCAGGGGGCCACGGUCGUCAUCCUCCCUGGAUAGCCCCCCAGCCUCCAGGACCAAUGCCAUGAGUGGCCUCGUCCGAGCACCUGGGGUCUAUGUAGGGACGGCGCCCAGUGGGUCCAUAGGUGGCCUGGGUGCCCGUGUGACCCGCCGGGCCCUGGGCAUCAGCAGUGUCUUCCUGCAGGGCCUGCGGAGCUCAGGCCUGGCCACCAUGCCCACUCCAGCUUUGGAGAGGGACCACACUACCAUUGAGGACCUUGGGGGCUGCCUGGUGGAAUACAUGGCCAAAGUGCAUGCCCUCGAGCAAGUCAGUCAGGAGCUGGAAACGCAGCUGCGGAUGCACCUGGAGAGCAAGGCCACACGCUCCGGAGGCUGGGGCGCCCUCCGGGCCUCCUGGGCCAGCAGCUGCCAGCAGGUGGGCGAGGCAGUCUUGGAAAAUGCCCGGCUCAUGCUGCAGAUGGAGACUAUCCAGGCGGGUGCGGAUGACUUUAAAGAGAGAUUUGAAAAUGAGCAGCCAUUUCGAAAGGCAGCAGAAGAGGAAAUUAACUCUCUGUAUAAAGUCAUUGAUGAAGCUACUUUGACAAAAAUGGAUCUGGAGGGUCAAAUAGAAAGUCUGAAAGAAGAGCUUGGCUCUCUGUCGAGGAACUAUGAAGAGGAUGUGAAGGUGCUGUACAAACAGUUGGCAGGGUCUGAGCUGGAACAAAUGGAUGUCCCCAUUGGCACUGGUCUGGAUGACAUCCUUGAGACGAUCAGAAUUCAGUGGGAGAAAGACGUCGAAAAGAACCGGCUGGAGGCAGGAGCCUUGCUGCAAGCUAAGGUGAGAGGCAGGACAAGCAUCCUCCACUCUGCCCUCUGCAGAAGGAGGCCAAGCAAAGAUGGAAUAAGGCUCAUGAGUGUUGAUGGUUAA